UGUAUGUGUGUGUGUGAGAGAGAGAGAUGUGUGUGUGUGUGCGUGUGUAUGUGUGUGUGUUUGAGCGUCAGUCGGCGGCGGCACUCCCGGACCGAGCAUCAUCAUCAUCAUCACCAUCAUCAGCAGCGCGCUUUAAUCAGUCACGGGCAUGUGACCGAAUUUCGGUGCUUAAGACAGAACAACGCUUUAAUCUAUAGUUUUAUUGUCAGUCCGGCGGUCAGGGCCGCGCUGUGACGAGGCGUUAAACCGGAAGCGCGAUUAUGAGAAAAGGGAGCGCGUUGUUUGCGUCGCGCGCGGAGAUGCGGCGGGGGGCGGCGGCGGCUGUGAGGUGCUACGGAAUCGUUGCUGCUCCCUGGCCGAGCGUCGUUGUGUUUUAGCAGACCCCCCACCCCCUUCUUCAUCAUCCUCAUCAUCAUCAUCAGCCUCCCCUCCACCACCAUUUUGCGAUUCAGAACACCGGCUUUUUUUGUUCAGAAGCGGCUGCUUUGAGAAGGUAACGGACGGAUUUGUGCGCGGUGCCAUGACGGGCUUUCCGGUAAGCGCCACUCGGGCCGGUUAGCGGCCUGCACCGCGGCCCCGGUGUCGGACACACACACACACACGCACACACACACACAUCGCCUCUUCAUCCUGCAUCUCUAAUAGCUUACAAUCUCAGGGAGUAAAAACAGAACACAAAGAAAAAAAAGAUUAAAAAAAGGCAAAAUGUCCUCUCGGUCCGCUUUACCGUCUGCCACCGACCGGAGCUCGGAUCACCAUGCGUCUCUGGCGGCGAGCCGUUCGGAGAAGGGCACCAGCGUGUCGAGUCGCUCUCUUGGUGUGCGCUGCCGCAACUCCAUGCCCUCGUGCCCGGACGACCCACACAUCGGCAACUACCGGCUCCUCAAAACCAUUGGCAAGGGCAAUUUUGCUAAAGUGAAGUUAGCUCGCCAUGUCCUCACCGGCCGAGAGGUUGCAAUAAAGAUAAUCGACAAAACUCAGCUGAACCCAACCAGCCUGCAAAAGCUGUUUCGUGAGGUGCGGAUCAUGAAGGCUCUUCGUCACCCCAACAUAGUGCAACUCUUUGAGGUGAUCGAGACGGAGAAAACGCUUUAUCUGGUCAUGGAGUACGCUAGUGGAGGUGAGGUGUUUGACUACCUGGUGUCACAUGGGAGAAUGAAGGAGGUUGAGGCCAGAGCCAAAUUCAGACAGAUCGUCUCGGCCGUUCAUUACUGUCACCUGAAGAACAUUGUUCACAGGGAUCUGAAGGCAGAGAACCUGCUGCUGGAUGCCGACUCCAACAUAAAGAUAGCGGAUUUCGGCUUCAGUAACGAGUUCACAUUGGGAAAUAAGCUGGACACGUUCUGCGGCAGCCCGCCCUACGCUGCACCCGAGCUCUUCCAGGGCAAGAAAUAUGAUGGCCCCGAGGUGGACAUCUGGAGUCUGGGGGUCAUUCUGUACACGCUGGUUAGCGGCUCGCUGCCCUUCGACGGACAGAACCUUAAGGAGCUGCGUGAACGUGUGCUCAGAGGGAAGUAUCGAGUUCCCUUUUACAUGUCCACUGACUGUGAGGAGAUUCUGCGCAGGUUUCUUGUGCUCAACCCCAGCAAGCGUUGUACACUGGAGCAAGUGAUGAAGGACAAAUGGAUGAACACAGGGUACGAAGGCGACGAGCUGAAGCCUCACACGGAGCCGGUGGAGGACUACAGCGACGCUGCCCGCAUUGAGGUGAUGGUUGGGAUGGGUUUCACUACAGAGGACAUCAAAGAUGCGUUACUCAAUCAGAAAUAUAACGAAGUCACUGCGACUUACCUUCUGCUGGGCCUGAAGACUGAGGACGGUGCAGAGUCACGUGUGAGUGGCAGCAUGACGUUGCCGAGAGUGAGGCCGAGCCCCAUCACCAACGGAACGAACAAACACUCCGCCACCACCGCCGCCUCUUCGUCCUCCUCUUCGUCUCACAGCAAGACGCAGCGCAGCGCCUCCACCUACCACCGCCAGCGGCGGCACAGCGACUUCUGUGGUCCGAGCAUGCCUGUGAUGCACCCUAAGCGCAGUCCGACAGGCGGGGCCGACCGUGAGCUACGUGAGAGCCGCAUGCCCCCACGCAAGGCCAGCUGCAGUGUGAUGGGCAGCCGCAGCCUCCCGCCCUCCAGCCCCAUGGUCAGCACGGCCAACAACCCAAACAAAGCCGAGAUUCCUGAGCGACGGAAAGACAUGACAGCCACCACUAACAACAUCCCUGGCAGCACGAUGACUCGCAGGAACACGUACGUGUGUACAGAUCGGCCCAGCACGGACAGACAGUCUCUACUGCAGAAUGGCAAAGAGAACAGCUCCCUCUCUCACCGUCUCCCCCCAGCCUCUCCCUCCACUCUCAGUAUUUCUGGAGCAGGAGCAUCGUCCUCCUCGUCCUCAGCGGAUCGGUGUAGAUUGACGCGAGGUUCGACUAUACGCAGCACGUUCCACGGUGGGCAGAUUCGGGAGCGCGUGCCUUCCGCCUACGGGCCGCCGCCCACCUCGCCCACGCUCAGCCACGACGCCACGCUGCCAGCGCAUGGCCGCUCCAGAGCCACGGCCAACCUGUUCAGCAAGAUCACCUCCAAACUCACACGCAGGGUCAAUCUCGACCCCUCUAAGAGGCAGGGUUCUAAUAAGUCAGUAUCGGGUUGCACUCUUCCACAGGGAUCCAAAACAGUUAGUAAGGUCGCAAAUGAACCUGAGAGAGUCGGCCGAUCUACGCUCUCAGGUUGCCAUCUAUUUGGGAAUCAGAAAGAGGCCGAGCCCUGGCUCGGGGGAGGGGGCUGGGAUGUGAAGCCCCGCCCCCCAUACUCUCCCGCCGGGUUGGCACUGGCCGUGCGCGAUGCAGCAAGGGGGUGCGGCUGCAGCCACGAGCCGCCGGGGUCAAAGGUCACGUUCCAGGGGGAGGUGUGUCAUCUGAGCGUGCACCACGCACGCCUUUGGGAGUCUCCACUAGCAUUCACUCACAUCGCGUCUCGGAUCUACAAAGGGGUGGAGCUCUAAGCGGAUGGGGGAGGAGCCUAGAUGGGGGCAUGUUUUUUCCUCCUCCUUCCUGAACCGACUUGGCUCCGCCCACUUCUGGUUGCAUAAACUGGAAAAUCGCUCCCUGCCAUCCCCCAGCUGUCACGCUCGCCUGAUAGGCACAUCCAGAGACACGCAGAUGUGUAUCCACACAAACAGUGCAAAUGUACACACACACACACACACACACACACACACACACACCUCCUCUAAGCAACCUCAUCCACAGGACCUGGAUUGAUUCCAGUGUAGUAUUUUUUUAAUCUUGUUUAGCUCAUGAAAUAGUUCGAUUCUAUUCUCAGCAUCACUUGGCUUCCUCGUUUGUUCGUAAACUGUAUUUUGUACGAUUUGUUUUGUUGCCCGAGCACUUUUCAUUUCAUCCCUUAUUUCAUACCCCCCUCGUCGACCAAAACCUCCUUCACCCCCUCCCACCGAGCUCCAGUCCUGCUAAUCAACACAUUCAAAAAUCUAAUGAAUUCUCCAGCAGUUGGUCAAAAAUAAAUUGUUAAAUUUAGUGAAACUUUACAACACAAACUACAGUGUUAAAAAGGUCUGAAGGUCCUUCAACAUUACAUCUGAGUGAGAAUGAAAAUCACUACGAUCGAUCAUUUUUUAAACUGACUUUCAUUUGUCUUAUAAACUGAACCUUCAGCCAUGAAAAAUAAAAUCCAGUAGUUGUGGGAAUUCAGCAUCUGGCCAACAUCUGACUUAGCAUCAGCCAAUCACAGACUGCUAUCUGAGUCGACUCUAACACUGGCUGAGUAUCAGACGAGCGACGUCCGAUAUGUACGAGUGUGUCUGCUUUAUAAAAUACAGCCGUGUUAAUGCAGCACUCUCGGCUCCCGGGGGAUCGAUGCACCAGAUGAGGUUUCUCACUUAGCUGGAGAACUUAAAGGAACCUCCACCUUGAAACACAUUAGACAGGAAAUACUAAAAUGUUUCAGAUGUGCUUAGUGAUUUUUUUCUUAGCGGUUGGCGUCGACUAUUGCAGUCUAUUGCGGUUAAAAUCAUUUAGUAAGAUAACCAGGUAGUUUUUUAGAAAGAAUAACAAGCAGGGUUCAAGGUUUGACCAACACAACGUUACACAAAUGUGAUGUUUUGAAUAAAGUUGUAUUCGGACAACGUGUUCACACCUUAGAGGUGUUUAACAACACUAAAUACUAAAGUCUUUCAACUGCUCAAACAGUACGUGAUUGGUUGAAUCCUCCCUUUUCCCCUCCCCCUAGUCAACCCCCUUUUUUUCCCCUCACGUAUAUAUUAUAUCUCUCCCAUGAGCCUUUGCAAUGAAACACCCGCUGCCGGUGAAUCGGGUUGUGUCAUCGGUUCUUUGCUAAACAGACGUACAUAAAAGACACCGAAGUCGCACUUGGUUCUAGAGUUUAGAUUCAAUCUGAUCGCUGACUCGAGCGUUGUGGCUGGAAUCUUUUCAGAAACUCUCCUGAAUUUGACCUUCAGCGUUCCUGGAUGAGUUCGACAUCGCAUCGCUACAUUGCUAUAGAAACCGUCACCAUAGUGGAAAAUUCCAGAAUGGCGCAAUGGACGUCAAAACACGUUGCUGCUUUUGCUUUUUCCUCUUUCGUAGGAAUACGAUGGUAACCUUAAUGUAGCCUUUUAAAUGAAGAAUUUCACACUUCAGGACUGUUUUUUUUCCAUUAGCACAAUACAGGGAAGAAUCCAAAUUAUUUGGUUAGUAAUAUUUGAUUCAGGAAGCCCCGCCCAAAAGGUGGCUGCUCUAGAAGAGGACCUACGUAUAUGGCUCUUUGGUUCCUCUGAGGAAAGUUGGAAACUUAAAGUCUCUCAGUUACUGAUACUGGCUUUCUCAGAAGGUUCCAGAUUAUCUCAGUGGUCUUUAUUUAUAUAAAUGUAUAUAAUGUAUUCGUUAUUUUCUUGUAGCAAAUGAAAUAAUCACAGAAAAUAACAUGGCAGGGUUUCUGAGCGGUGCUUGGAGCUGAUCUGUCUCAGUUUUAGCAGGAAGUGUUUCGAACCUGAUCUGAAACGAACCCUUAACACAGCCCGAGAAACCGACUGCCUCCCCAGCUUUAUGCACCUCAGCUUUAACGGUUAAAGGAGCAGUUUGUAGUUUUUGUUUGCAGUGGGUCGUCUGCUACCUAUGAGGUGAACUGUGUUUGGAACAAAAGCAUUGACAAGCCUCUCUGUCCCCCUCAACCAGGUCGGGAUUAUCCUGAGGUCCGAUGUAGGGUGGAGCCGUUUCCUGGGCGUCAUUAGUCAACAGAAAAAUUACAAACUGCACCUUUAAUCUAAACUAUGUGCCAUAUAUACCGUAAGCUUUUCAGUCUGCAACAGCCCUUUUUUGUUGAUGGACUCAUUCUUUCCAUCCUUCUGGUUUCUAUUUGUUUUUCACACCUGCGUUCUGGCAAACGCUUCAUUCGACGUGAGUGCAAGAAAAAAAAGAAAAAACACAUGUCCGCCCACCAGAAAUCCUUGGGUCAUUGUCCUGUCUGCUCUGUGAUCGGACUCCUGUAGUGGAGAAACUUUCUGUAUCAAACCUUGAGCGGUGUGUUAAGAAGCCGUCUUGGUCUGGGCAGAUCCGGGCGUCCCGGGGUUGUUAUCUGUUAAACGUGUGUGUUUAGACCUCUGUGCACUCACUCACUCACUCACUCACUCACUCACUCACUCACUCACUCACUCGCUUUGACUUGAAUCAGCUGCAUCCUACGGCUCUGCCACCAGGAGGCACUACUGUCUUAAAUGUGAACACUUCAAUUUGUGGAUAUUUGCACAGGUACUUAAUUUAUUUUCUAGGAUAAUUAUCUUGGGAAGAAAAAAAAAAACAAAAGAAAAUACAUGGUUUAUAUCAGUCAGUCCCUGACUGCAUAUAAAUAUGAAGCUAACGACGAUAUUAAUAUGACUAUAGUAUUUAUCUUAGACCUCCAGGUUAAUUUCUAGCUAGUGCAGAAAUCCUCUGCUAGCUCUCCAGAACAUUCUGUGUGUGGUGAAGAUAAAAAGUAACCUGCAGUCCUGCAUGACACUGAAAGAGAGAAAGACAGAGAGAGAAAGAUAAAAGGGGAAAAGGAAAAUCAGUGAGCGGAAAGAGAGAGAAUAUGAGGGAGUCGGGAGGUGUCUUCGAAACAGGGUUUGCAGUGGUAUAAGUGUGUGCGUGCAUGCGUGUGUGUGUGUGUGUGUGUGCAUGUGUGUGAGCAUGAACACCCAGAGAGAGAGUGAGAGCUGUGUGUGUGUGUGUGUGUGUGUGUGUGAGAGCGCGCUGAGACGGCAUGGCAUUUCUCAUAAAGCAUUAUUCUAAUAUGCAAUAUGACGGGAGAACUGAUAAGAAACAGCGACAGAUAAAAAGAAGAGAUUCAGGCAGUUUGUAAUGAGAUUGUGGUUUGUUUUAAUUUUUUGUUCCCCAGAAGUCUGUGUGCCUCUGGCCAUAAUGAGAGAAAUGGAAACAAUAAAAGAUCUGGAGAGAAAUAAAACUUCACUGAUGUUGA